AUGGGAGGAGGGUUCUUGGAGAAGCAUACACCGACCUUGGCAAUGGCGGCGUUGCAGUUCAUCUACGCAGGGGUCAACCUCCUCGGGAAGGCUGCUCUCUCUCAAGGAAUGAGCCCUUUGGUUUACCUGUCCUACAGGCAGGGGAUCGCAACCCUUUCAUUGGCUCCCGUUGCAUAUCUCUCUCAAGGGUAUGUCCAGACUCUCUCUCUCUCUCUCUCUGUCUGUGUCUCUUUCUGUUUUGCUAAUCUCUGGCUUCUCAUGAAGAACAGGAGACAGGCCGCUCUGAAAAGGGAAAACUUCUGGUUGAUCUUUCUGGCGGCGCUGUUUGGGUAAAUCUUUCGAACGAGCAUUCUAGAGCACUUGGGCUCCUCCACUGUUCUUCAUGAUGUUGACAUGAUCUACAGCAUCACCCUCAACCAGGGCCUCUACUUCUUCGGACUACGGUUGGGAUCCGCCUCCAUGGCGACGGCCCUGUCGAACCUUGUCCCUGCUGUCACGUUUCUCAUGGCAGCCCCUCUCGGGUAACACCUCCCGAUCUCCCUUACCCUUCUCUCUCUCUCUCUCUCUCUCUCUCUCUCUCUAUCGUUUCAGUGGAUUUAUGGGGAUCGCAAGUCCAUGGAAGAAGACAAUGGAAACAAUUAUAUAGAGAGUUUACUCGCACAGUCACGUAAGACGGAGAGAAACUAAGCGUCUUUCUCUACCUCGAUCUCUCACAUUAACCUUGAGCAGGUUAGAGAAAGCGGGCCUACGAAGUUCUAGAGGCAUAGCCAAGAUAGCUGGAACUGGGGUCUGCGUCAUCGGUGCCGCCACCAUGGCCUUCCUCAGGGGCCCUAAGCUCCUCCUUGCAGGCUCGAAGACCACGGCAACCUCCAUCUUCCAGUCGGCGGGGAAGGACUGGUAUCUGGGCUGCCUCUUCCUCCUCGGCAGUAUCUGCUGCUGGUCCAUCUGGCUCAUCCUGCAGGUACUCACGGUGGCUCUCCGUCAGCGCCCACCUGCCCACUAUGGUAAUCUGAGCUCCCCCCUGCCCACUUCUAUCCAGGUGUUCAUCAGCAGGACCUGCUUCCAUCCACUACCCUGGUCAGCGUGGAUAUGUUUCUUCGCCUUCUUGCAGUCGGUCGCCCUCACCUUCAUCUUCGAGCCCGACCUAAGGGCAUGGAGAUUGGGUUCCACGAUAGAGAUCAUCUGCUGCAUCUACGCGGUAAGUCACAAUAACUCCAUCUCGAUUAGAACUGUUGGACCUAAUCCAAGCUGGCCUUUGACCUCUAUUUUGUGGUCGAUUAAAUGACGUCACAGCUUAUAGUCAGCUCUUGACUAUUAUGCUAAAAUCUUGACACAUGUUCAUCGUAAGUCCAAUCGCGUGAUUUUACAAAAGAGUUUAGCUCAUCCAUUUUACCGUUGACUUUGAGUCGGAUAUUAUUCGAUGGGAGACUGUUUUAGCAUGGCCUCCACGUACAAGCUAACUGCGAUCAAUUAUUUCCCUUGCUAAUACGGUGCAACAUUCUACGGCCACCGGGUUUGACUCAUUAGCCCACCAAUUUCAAGCCGAACUCACUUGAAUAUUUUCAUUCAAAGAAAGUCAACUGUGUUGUAGGGAGUCUUGGGCUCCGGAGUGACCAUGUUUGUGCAAUCUUGGUGCAUUUCAAGAAGAGGGGCACUCUUCUCGGCAAUGUUCUCACCCUUUUGCAUGGUCAUCACCACCAUCUUGUCCUCACUCUUCCUCCAUGAGGAGCUCCACUUGGGAAGGUACGUCCACUCAUCAACGCUGUAGCCACCCUGCAAACAGUUAGAGAUGGUGCUUCGCUCUAAAACACUUCCCUCUUACCAGUCUGGUCAGCUCCGUUGUUGUCGUGGCCGGGCUCUAUCUUGUGCUCUGGGGUAAAGCUGAAGAGUACAGCACCAGGAAGGAAGAGAGCCUGCAAGAAGAUGAGCACAGAGUGCAACACUCGGCGGCCGCUGAUGAGGGGAGGAAGACGGGCUUGGAGGAGCCACUGCUGGUUGAUGGAGUGCACCAUGAUAUCGAGAAGAGAGCUAACUGA